AUGGCACACGAAUCUACAACGUCGCUACUUCCCUCGGUAGACUAUGAGCGUUUUGAUAUCCCAACUAUUGAACACGACGAGCUGCUCGUUGAUGUGAUCCAGAAGUUGCACAGCUUUUUUACUUCGUCAGUGUCCGAAAUAUGGUGUACAUUCGAAGAAAUAAAAUCCACCCCAGAUCCACGCCUGAAAUUGCUUGUCAAUUCAUUAGUGGAGAAUUCGCAUAAUCCUUGCACUGUGCCCGCUUUAAUGAUUUUGAAGUGGAAAUUUGAUAAAGCUGCUGAAUACGACGGUGACCCAAAUGGAACGAGAGGCCAUAUGUGCGAAUAUGUUGCCUGGCAGUUUCUGUGCCGCCUUAAUCGGCAUCAAUUGAUCGAAAAUCUCCUCGAAGCACUUAGGGCCCCAUUCCAACAUACGAGCAGCGUUGACCGCGGAGACAUUGCGAUGCCUACCUCUGCAGUUCCCCCAUUAGAUAGCAAUAAUUUGAUGGAUGAAACCGCCCCGCUUUUAUCGAAUUUCACCUUUGAUAAUGUUUUCGAGAGCGGUGGACUGUGUGGUGACUCUCUCGAAAGUGGCCCUCAGGUGUCUCAUAGCGACCUGGAUAGUUCGAAUUCUAGUGGCGGACUAUCCAUGUUUCUUGGGUUGAAUGCCCUAGAGAUCGCUACCAUUGCCUAUGCGAAGAAACUCCUUAGCCAAAAGGUGGUCGAAAAUGUGGUAAACGAUUUGUGGAAUGGGGAGAUUGUUUUUUGGGACUCACUGAGCGUGCACUCUACGAAGAAACCACAGAUCUUCAAUGAAAGAACAGCAGAUCCCUACUCUCGCUUAAGAGUACCGGUAUAUCGAAAGGCUUUUGAAGCCUUAUUCUUUGUUUCGUUUUUGUUCCUUUAUUAUGCGGUCCUGAUUGAAAGAAAUCCAACAGCGAUAGGCCUUUUCGAGGCCAUCCUGUAUGUCUGGAUUGCAGCUUUUGCUUACGAUGAAUUGAGCGGCGUGGUCGACUCAGGAAUGUUGUUCUAUCAGAUGACUUUCUGGAACAUUUGGGAUUUGUGUAUAAUCGGAACCGGGCUUAUAUUCGUCAUCACAAAGCAUUUCCGAUAUUGUGACUCAGAACAUGAUGUUUGCAUCAGGAUAUUUUCUCUCGUCAGCUUGAAUCCCUAUUUCGGAAGCCUUACCAAAGCUUUUUUCCGGUUUACUCCUGUGAUUAUCAUACUAUAUUUGGGGUUCCUGACAACCUUCACUAUGCUCGCCCGUGACCGCUUUUCAGUAAAGAAAAUGUCCUGGAUUCUAGUGAAUGUGUUCUUUGGGCUUGUUUUUGUGUCCGUGACGAGUUUGUUGUUGAUUUCGUCACUGGUCAGUUUGAUGAGUAUGAGCUUGGAAGGUGUAAUCUCUCACGCCCGAGAAGAAUAUCUCUUCCAACUGGCUAUCUACGUCCUAGAGAGCAGUACUUCGAACAGACUAACAUACUUCUUGCCGCCGUUGAAUCUCAUUCCUCUGCUCUGUAUCCGUCCAAUGCGGCUUUUUCUACCAGCGGAGGAUAUUAGACAGGUGCGCAUCAUUCUCCUCAGAGCAACACACCUUCCAUGUGUUGCGCUGCUUUGGGCCUAUGAGUCAAGCCGCCGCCUCUUCUCGCGGAAAGGCAGCCUGGCCUCGUCCAACAUGCCGCGGACUCGAUCACGUCGCCCAACGUCUAUGGCCCAGGAUCAUCCUAGGCAAUAUUGCCACCAAACAACAGGGUUUCCUGGAAUUGACUCACACCCUCGUCGGGUUUCCCCGAGGACUAGAAGGUAUACGGAACAUGGGCAACAGCGACCCGGGCACGAAGAAGUUGUGGAUAUGGUCAACGAGAUGGAACGACUCCGCGGCCAAAUGGAGCGGGUGGCCGCCGCAGUUGGCAUCCAUCACCGCAAUCGACAGUGA